AAAUAAAAAAGUCCCAAAAACAAAAUGACGUAUAAUCAUAACUUAUUAUUCAUAAUUGAAAAAUAUGAAAAUAGAAACAAUCAUUAUACAUAUUUAUAUAAACAUGGGAUUCAACGAAGAUAUAUCAGUCAAAAUUGAAACCAAAGUUGCAUGAAGCAGCACGCUGACUUUAUUACCAAUAAUAAGAUUUAUCAAAUUAUAAUAUACACACUUCCUCAAAUCCAUGCUUUAUUCAAAUUUCUUGAAUCUAUAUAUAUAGUUGAGAGACCAACUUAAACUUCCAUCAAAGCUCAAAGAACUCAUCUUCAAUAUAUAUCUAUAGCUAUAUAUAACAUCAAAUUAAUCAUAUUCUCCAAAAUGGAAAGUCAAAUGAUCCCAGUUGACCUACUCAUAUCUUAUGUGUUUCAAAUCCACACUAACAUAUCAAAGCUCGAGUCACUUCGACCCUCCAAGCAAGUCAACGCACUCUUCACUCAGUUGGUCAACUUGUGUACCAUUCCUUCUACAAUCGAUGUUAGGGUUUUGCCUCAAGAUCUCCAACUCAAGAGAGAGAGUCUCAUCAACCUUUGUGGCCAAGCCGAGGGUUUAAUGGAGCUAGAAUUCUCUACUUUCAUAACCAAAACACCAAAACCACUCAACAACCUCAACCUCUUCCCAUACUAUGGAAACUACAUAAAGUUAGCUAAAAUGGAGUACAACAUCUUGGCCGAAAAUGGCUCGAUGAGCCCUAAGAAGGUGGCGUUCGUGGGGUCCGGUCCUAUGCCCUUGACAUCCCUAGUCUUGGCAAAUAAACACAUGAAAACUACUCACUUUGAUAACUUUGACCUAGACGAGAAGGCGAAUCGCCUUGCUCGUAGGAUCGUUGCAUCGGAUGAAGAACUCGAGAAGAGAAUGAAGUUUGUGACUAAAGAUGUUAUGGAGUUGAAGGAGUGUCUUGGUGAGUAUGAUUGCAUAUUCUUGGCUGCUCUUGUUGGAUUGAGUAGAGAUGAGAAGGUUAAGAUUUUAGGGCACUUGAGGAAGUAUAUGAAGGAAGGAGGGUUGUUGCUUGUGAGGAGUGCCAAUGGAGCUAGGGCUUUUUUGUACCCUAUUGUUGAGGUUGAGCAUGACUUGGUUGGUUUUGAGGUUCUUUGUGUGUUUCAUCCCAAUGAUGAGGUUAUCAACUCGGUUGUUCUUGUUCGAAAGCCCUUUACUUAGCUAAUUAAAUUAAGUUAUGACAAUGAUAUCUUAAUAAUAAGGUAAGGUUUCAUGGAGCUUUAUCUGUAAUAGUUGCUUACUUUGUAAGAGGGGAGAGAGAGAGAGAGAGAGAGUUUAUUCCUUUUUUGUGUGUGUUUUUAUUUUUAAUUAGUAUUAGCUCCAUUUUCUUUCCAUGAUCUUGGGGAAGAGUGAUUGUGUAGCCUAUCUAUAUAUGUAUGUUUGCGUUUUGUA